AUGACUGGUGAGAUCGAACUGCGAGAGGAUGGCCCCUUCGCCGUGGGCAUGAUGAUCGAAUAUCUCUAUCACCAAACGUACACUAUCCCCGACGACGCGAAACUAGUUCCGAUAUAUCAGCGGCCUUCUAUGGUUCCUUUCCCACCUGGAACAGUGCUGUUGAAAGCAACUCGUCAUUCUGUCAGAGGCGACUCCUCUGCCAAUCAGCCUAGUUUGCAUCCACUACAGACUCCCACUGCCCCUGUCCCUCCUCCACAAGAACGAGCCUCACACGUCGUCCCCUACGUCAACCUCUAUGUCCAUUAUAAAGUGUACGCACUGGGCGAGAAAUACGGCAUUGCUGGCCUCAAAGCUCUAGCUGUCCAAAAUUUCGAAACUGAAGGCGAAAAUGAUUUCAAGAGCAGCAGUGUUGAUUAA